AAAAAACAACAUCUCAUACAACACUAAAAAAAUCGGAUUUUUGAUGACUGAAGAUGACAGUCAUGUCAUAGAGUUAGACGGCCUGAAUCGUGAAGAAGGGAUACCCAACAAUGAACUAUAUUCGUUCUUAUCUUAUCUCUAGUGGUAGGCAAUUAAUUAUGCAUAUAUCAUUUAAAUUAACUUAAUUCAAAUAAUUCACAUAGGACUGUCACGGGUGACUGUGACUGUGAGUGUGAGAAAUGCAGUGUUGUCAGUAACGUCCGUUGACGUUGAACAUACUGGUAAUUAAUUAAUGGUAAAUAUUAAAUAUAUAAAUACAAUAAAUAAUAUAUUAUUUAUAAGUUUAUUAUUAAUAAUUAUUUUAAUUAUAUAAAUAGUAAUAAUAAGGCUAACUCCAAAUUUACCAAGAAUAAUUUUUAAAGAUGUUGCUAGCCUAGAAUAGUACACUAAUAAUAAUAGUAUUAAUAGUACCACAAUAGUAUACUAAUAGUAAUAGUAAUAGUCUAAUAGUAAUAGUCUAAUAGUAAUAGUAUUAGUAACUAAGUAGGCUAAUAACUAAGCUAACUAAGUCAAAGAAAAAGUGAUAAGUUUCUAAGACAAGAUAAGGAAGUAACCCAAGCCCAAGUUAUUAGUUUUAGUAACUAACUUUCGUUUUAAUUAAGCUAUUAAUUAUUUAAAUUUGAUAUAAUAUACACUGUUAAAUAGUAAUACAGUCUACAGACAUACUCGGUUGAAAAUUAAUUUAAAAAUAUAUAUAAUAUUAAAAUAUAAUUAGUAUUUGAAUUUGUUGAUUUAAAAUUUAAAGAAUUUACUAUAAAUUCAUAUUCUUAGGCUAUUUAUUACAUUUAGUCUUAGUAAAAAGUUACAUUAAAUCACUAAUAUUAAUAUGACUUAUUGUCACUUAUGAUUUAUCAGUUAACAUUAUGUAAUAUAUUAUAUUAUUAUAUCGGCUAAUGAUCAUUCAAGAUGCCACUACUUAUUUUCCAGGGAGUGACUUUCCUUUGUUUAUUUUUACUAAAUUAUUUUAGGGAUCGAUUUAGGGUUCAGGUUAGGCAUAGGGAUCGAUUUAGGGUUCAGGUUAGGCAGAGGAAUUGAUUUAGGGUUUCAGGUUAGGCAUAGGGAUCGAUUUAGGGUCCAGGUUAGGCAUAGGGAUAGAUGACUUCACGUGACGUGUCAACCAAGAUGGCGGCCACUGAUAAAAUAGUGGCAUUUUCAGUGACCAUUUACCGGUGGGGGACAUUCUGAAAUAGCAGUUUGAUAUAAAUUGCUAUUUACUGUGGCAGCUCCAGUAAUUAACAACUCCACAAGCCAGCCAAGUUUUGGUUCUGCCCGCCCUCCCAACCACCACUCUGAAUACACCUGAAAUGACUCCCUGCCACUAUGUAUGGUCAAAGUUAACAUUGAUAUCACUGAUAUAGAGAAAAGCUUAAUGCUUUAUUGCUACUAAUUAUAGACACAUGUAUUUAAUGAAAGAAACAUGUAUUAAUUGUUUUAUGGAAAAUUACUUUUGAGAAUGUGAUCAAAGAUUUUUUUAUAGCAGAAAGGAAGAGGAAAACAUUUUUCUUUAAAAAUACAUUGAUGUUGACUAUUAAAAACAUUAACCUUAUCAUAUUCUCUAUUAUCUUAUUGAGAGUUUUAUUUAGAAAAAACGUACAUUGUAAUUAACAGCUUGUAUUUCUUGAUAUUUUGAAUAUUGAGUUAGUAGAUAUUAUGUGGGGGCAUUAAAAUUAUUUAAGUACUUAGGGCAACUAAAGGCCUCAAUCUGACCCGGGUUAUGAUGAGGGUGCCUAUGACAUUCUAUGACUUAAAUACUAUCUUAUUAGGCCUCAUCCCUAAAACUGCUAAGUUUAGAGUAUAGUGCUUUUCGCCAGAAGGGUAACUUUAAAAACUAGAAGGCUAACUUUUUUUUGCCCAGCAAACAAAAACAGAUGGAAUAUAAAAGAGUUGGAUGAGUUUAAAUUGAGGCAAAAUUUAUGUAGUAGCCCACCUUAAUGAUCAGAAGCCUUAAAAACAUCUGGGCUAUGACAAGGAUGAAGUUAAACUUGUCUUGUCCACCUCUUCUUUAUGAUGUCCAUUUUUUGUAAUUCUAGAAACCCGGCGAUGCUUUUGGCAUUGUCAUAAGUAAUGAUUAUGUUGCGUUUGUAUUCAUUUUGACCUAGUCAUUUGGGAAACAUUAGAGUGGGGAGGUGCUGUAUCAUUAUUUAGGAAAAUUAAGAUUGAGAAAUCCUGCAUACAGCAGAUGUUGAGAGUAUGGCAACAGGUAUAAGGAUAGAUAAAAAAAAUACUACAUUUGAGAAAAUUUUGUAAUUACUGUAUAUUCUAUUUUUUUUGUUCUUGCACCAUGGUUUAUAAAUAUAAAUAACCAUUUAACACCCACUUAGCUGCUGAUUUUCACUGAAAUUUUAAGAGCAUCUUCUCCACUUCAAUACCCAAUUAGGAUAUUUCUGAUUGUGGAAACUCCAACUUACAACUUAACGAGUUUGAGAUUCUGACUUCAUACUUAACAUAACACUUCAGUGUUUGAUAUUAUGCUGCUAAAGCAAACAUACAUGUUUUUAAUUGUUUGCGCUAAUGUUAUCAGUAGUUGUUCUUAUCACAGACAAACCAGUUUGAACCCUUGAUAUUGUAAUUGGAUUUUUUUUAAAAACACAUCAAGAUAUCUAAUGGGAAGGAAAACAAGUAGUUUAUCAAGGCUUAAACAAGCAGGAUGACCUAAUUUUCUUUAAAUCAUGCUCCAUUUAAUUAAGUCAUUUAUUGGCUCAAAUGAAGAGAACUAAAAGGCUGUUAGGUUUGAAUUAAAUACAUAACUAUGCGCUCAUCGGUUCUGGUUAAUGUUUGGUUUUCAACAAUUAAAAAACAUGUACUAAAAAAAUGAAUACAUAUUUGUUGUCUCAGAAAUUCAUCAUAUAUUUUAUAUAGUCUGUGUCACAGGAGAAACUUGUAAUUUUAAAGUUAGAUUAUGAUGUAUGUAAUUCUAUUGUUAUGAUGCAUAAAAAUGAAAAAUAACUUUCAGUUUUAUACCUAAAGUUUUUCUUCACUUCACAGAUAAUUCAUAUGGUUGAACAAUAGCUGAAACUCAUUUACGUUAAAUUACUUAUUCUUUACUUGUCACAUGCCUUGAUAAAAUGGCAACCAUAUGGAUUGUUUUUGCAAUCUGUUUUGUCGGGCAAAGAAUUCCCUGCCUGGGAAAGGUAACACCGAGACACAGUAGAAAUUCUGGAAAUGUACAGGAGAUGUAUAGGAACAUUUACUUACAAAGACAAGACAAGUCUGCAAAACAUCAAGCCAUUCGCCAAGACAAUCCUGAUCUGAACACUGUGCAUGAAAGCCAGAGUUUAUUUGGUGGAUUAGGGUACAAAAUACUCAAGACUGCAAGCAACCCUACAUCAGAGCUCAGAGCUGGAAAAUUCACCUGCUUAAAGUGUAAUAUUGUUGCUAAAGUCAUUCAAAUGUUGAUGAAGGAAAACACAUCAUCUGAGGACAUCAAGCUUGCCGUCCGAGGCGUCUGCAUCUUUUUUGGGAUCGAGACACCAAGGGUCUGUCAGGGUCUCGUGGAAGAGUUUGCUGUAAGUAACAACUUGUAUUAAAUUAAGUAAAGCAGCACCUAAUGUACUGCUUCAUGUUAAUGAAAUUUAUUAUGGAGUUAAAAACUUUUGUAGACUUUACAUCCAUAGCCCUCUGAUAAUUACAUCACUGGUAAUGGCUCUUAGACCAACUAAAAGUUCAUGGGUCAUUUUAUCUAAAUCGUUGCUUUUUUUUUUUUUUUUUUUUUUUUUUAUCACCAUUUGAUGUGAUAGGGCUUUUUCUUUUUAUUACAUUUUUUUAUUUUUUUUUUAUUUUUUUUUUUUUUUUUUUUUUUUUUUUUUUUUUUGAUCACCAUUUGAUGUGAUAGAGCUUUUCCAUUUCAUUACAUUCUUUUGAAUCUCUGAAACAAGUUCUGUCUAGCACCAAAGUUAUCUUAACUGGCCACCGGGGAUUCAUCAAUGUUGAAGAGGGCCCAGUAAUGCUAGGCCAUUAACAUGGUCUCGUUAGGCCUGGGCUAUUGAUCUUUGCUCGCUGUCCAGUAAAGGUGGCGCAACUUCUUGUGGGAUGUUCACUUGGGAUAAUAUAGCCCUUUGCACCAAAUAUAAAAGAUUAGAUGGUCUUAUUGUUACUGUUAUGAAUGGGCUAUAAAGAAAACUCAAGGUAUUUUGUGUUGUAGUCACACACAAAAAAAAAGGGUGGGGUGGGGGGGGGAGUUUUAUUCAUAUGUGUAUUCUUUUCUAAUGUAUUUUAAAGGGUGUUUCUAAAAAAGUUAUUUUAUAUUUGGAAUGUCUUGCUUCUUAGUUUCUGCAUCUUGAUAAAAAAAAAUUAUUGACUUUCUAGUAUUUAAUGUGUUUGUUGUAAAAUCUAAUCCAAUAAAAAGGAAAUAACCAGAGACCAAACGGUAAGAAAUAAGCCAAAUACAACAACAAUUUUAACUUUGAGAAUGUGAAAUUUUAUUGAAACACAAAUAGUGUGAAAUGGGAUAAAUGAGGCUUGUUUUCUUCUUGUAUCAUGGAGGCAUGUUUCCUUCUUGUAUCAUGGCUAUCAUGAAGGCAUGUUCUAUCUUUGUAUCAUGGCUAUCAUGGAGGCAUGUUCUAUCUUUGUAUCAUGGCUAUCAUGUUUUUCAUUCUUGUUUUCAUGGCAAUCAUUCUAUCAAAUAUCAGAUUUGACUCCAUUAUCAAAGGUUAUCAACUCUGGUAUUUUUGGGAUGAAAGCUCUGAAUCUCAUUUUGUUUGGUUUUGUUUAAUACCCUCCACAAAUGAAUUGGAUUUACAUCAUUGGAAAAAACGUAUGUGAUAUAUGUUAAGACAACAAGAGAAUGCACUUUUCAUUCCAUACAUGCACUUAAAUGGGUCUCAUGUUUCAUAGUAGAAAAACAUGACAUGUUUUAAUACCAGACAAAGGCAGACGGCAAGGUUUAAAAUUUUAAUGAUGUCAUCAUAACCUCACCUUUAUCUUCAAUUCUGCUUCGAGAGAUUGUUUAACGGUUUUUUUUUAUUGCGGGUCUAAACGUUUUCUCAGAUAAAACAUAAUGGCGCCGUCCAAGCUGCCCUAAAUGUCAUUAUACAGUUUAAAUUGGUUGAGUGCAAAACAAUAAAAAUAGAAGUUUUGGUAUCAAAAAAAAAAAAAGAAGAAGAAAUUUUAACUGCCCAUUCCUUGGCACAUUUGCCUAGCAAUAUUAGUAUGAUACAACAGAGCCCAAACAAUUGGCGGACAACAUGGGAGGUCACCACGGUAGAAGGAUACCAAAACAACCACCAUUUUUAAAAAUAAAAUUCGAUAUGCUUUCACAUCUCCCUACAAGGAGUGGAGCUGGCUUUAACGAGGUCAUCCUUGCCGCCAAAAUGCCUAGAUUCGAUUCUGUUGUACCAUAACUAUGAUGAUCUUUGCAGAGUAUUUACAAGUUUAUUUGUUUCCGGCGCAGCUGGCCAAACAUUGUUGCUGGUAUGUAAGCAAUGAAUUGAAUCUAGGAUACCUUAAAUGUUUUAUUAACCCUUGCUGCCACUUAUGAGAUUUCUGCAGAUGAGAAGGGGAUUAUAAACUGAAAUGUUAGGCUGAAUAUCUUGUAACAAUCUCAGUAUUAUAUCCAAAGUUUGACCACUCUGCAUUACAAAAGCUGCAGACGUUUUAAUGUCGCCUGUAGCUGGCAAUACAAUAAUGCUGUCUGGUCUCACCAAUCAAUAUCAGACAUUAAUCAGACUACAAUAGUGAACAACGAAACUUUUAUAUCUUGAAACAGUAUUAUUAAUGCUAUCUGUCAUUGGCAGUAUUUUGUAAAUGUCAGAAUCUUUAGGAAAUGGGACAUUAUAAAUUCUUUCCAAAUAUGAAGGGAAUUGUAUUACUAAUAAUAGACUAGAAUCAUUAAAAAAAAAAAAGGGUUUUUUUUUCAUCCUGAUAAAAGUAAAAUGAACUGCUUGUUUUAUUGUAGUCUCACUGCUUAAAGAAAUGGAGUUGUCUUCAAAGUUUGAAUACAUCAUGUUAUAGAUUUAUGAAAUAAUUAGCUAAAAUUCUUAAUGGGAAAAUUAAUCCUUUCUUAAAUGAAUGACUUUAAUGAAACAGAAAUAAAAAAAAAACUACACAAACUCAUCAUAUUAUGGAAUAAAGAGAAAUUUGUGUGAGAAGUUUAGUUUAAGAUCAACCCUAUUUGUCACAGUGAUAGAUUCACUUUGCAGUGGCUCUCACAUUUCAUACUCAACAGCCAGAGGUCCUCACAGUGCUAAAAAAUACGCCCCUCAGCCCAUCGGAGGUGUGCAGCUUUGUGUUUGGCCCCGAGUGUGGUGCCCCCUACAGCCCACAAAGUAACUGGAAUGUGACGUUUCCCCCAGUGCCUCAACCUCCUCCAGUGUACCCAACACCCCCUAGGGUAAGUAACUGAAUACUUUGUCAUUUUACCCCUCACCCCCUGUGGUAAGUAACCUAUUCUUAUUUUAGUAUACCCCUACACCCCUUAGAGCAGUGGUCAGAAAAAGAGCUGCAUGCGGCUCUUUAACAACCUGAGUGGGGCUUGGCCAGUCAGCCAAAAAUCGGUUUUGACUCCGAAAAUCAUGGUUCUUGACGGGUUCUUGAAAAUAAAUUUGUCUCUCUAAUAAAUUUUAAUCGUCCUGCUGCUGAUUUUUGGCUCUUUUGACCCUUGAGUUUGCCGACCACUGCCCUAGAGUAAUCAACCUAUUUUUAUUUUAGUAUACCCUUACAAUUCCUAGCGUAAUGAACUGAUUUUUCUUUCAGUGCACCCUACACCAGCAUUCCUCAAAUGGGGGUCUACGGACUGGCACUGGUCCAAGAGCCUUAUGUUGCCCUUACCCAUCUGCAUAACAUGAAUAUUUAUGGUCAAACAAAAAAAAAUAUAAUAAAUAAAUCUGGCACUGGUCCCUGGUUCAUUUUUGAAAUUUGUCCACUGGUCCGCCAAAAUUAAAAUUUGGGAAACGCUGUCAUACACCCUCUUAGAUACCAAACCUUUUUUUUUUAAUUUUUUUUUUGGUUUAAGACUGGCAAAGUGUCCUUCACUUCCAGUAUUCACCUAACACCCCCCCCCCCCCCCCCGACUCUUACAAUAAAUAUCUACCACUAUGAUGUUUUUUUCUUUAAUUUUUAAUUUUCCCCUGUGCUAUAUAUUUUUUCAAAAUAAUAAUUAUGACGUCUUCCUCAAAAAUAAAUUGUUUUUGUCUGCACCAUGUUAUCAAUAUACCUGUGGUGUGUACAGUGGCGUAGCUAGGGUCGUUAUCACCAGGUGUUGUCCGCACCCCCUCGCUAUGCCACUGGGUGUGUACGUGAUGUGUAUGUGGUGUGUACGUGGUGCAUCCUGUGUGACCUGUGACACAUACAACUGUUUUUAUUUUUGAACUGAGACAAGAUGUCUGAAUUAAAAAAUAUAUAUAUUUAAAGUAUGUUCAUUUUUACUAACUUUUUCGCCACAAGCUGCUUAUGCUAUAUAUGCUACAUGAACUACAUAGGUUACGGGUGCUUAAAAUUAGAGCUAAGCCAAAGUAUUUUAAGAAACACCAUUUCAUAGAAUGUUUAAAUCACACACACAUUGGUGCUCUUCAUGGAUGAACACACACACACAAAAUGGUGCUCUUCAUGGAUGAACACACACACACACAUUGGUGCUCUGCAUGGAUGAACACACACAAGUCGUGCUCUGCAUGGAUGAACACACACACACUCACACACACAGUGGUGCUCUGCAUGGAUCGUCCAGUUGAUGUCUCAACAUAAAAUAAUGGCUUUAACAAUAAAAUCUAUUAUGUUUCCCACGUUUGUCUGUUGUAAGCUGAUACGAGACAAUUAUUUAAUUUUUUUGUUAUGCACAAUAAUCAUCUGAGGAUAUUUGUGGUAAGAUACCUUUUUCAAAAUCUCCAUGUGUUAGUCCUGAAUAAUUGAAAUGUUUUGUAACUCUGAGCUAAAACUAUUUUGCGGCUAUGCUGUAGCUGCUGACUGCAUUCUCUAUUGGCACUUGACUAAAAAAAAACACUUUGUCCUAUAAGCUGAUUACUUCAUACAAUAACUGAUGAUAACAGCCAUCUCAUUUUAUCUCUCCAUUUAUACACAUCAGCUGAUUACUUCAUACAAUAACUGAUGCUAACAGCCAUCUCAUUUUAUCUCUCCAUUUAUACACUGACUUGUUGUUGAGUACUUCAACAUCCUGUUUAAAAGCUGUUUGCUGUCUCUCCCACCCCCCUUACAUCAUUGCUGACCCUUUGUAUGAUAAUCUUUCCUAGCCUGGCUCCCCAACCUUUAGAUUCCUACAUCUUACUGACAUACAUUUUGACCUUGACUAUCAGGAAGGAAGUGAGACAUACUGUAAGGAGCCACUGUGUUGUCGUGGAACCAGUAAGUAAUAUUGGAGCUGUGUUAGUGGAUGGGAGGUGGGCUAGUGGAUGGGAGCUGUGUUAGUGAAUGGGAGCAGGGCUAGUGGAUGGGAGCCGGGUUAGAGGGUGGUGUGCUAGGGUGGGGGAGCAGCAAGUUAGGAUCCUAGUGGGUGGUGUAGUCAUCAAGUUACAAAGAGUCAAAGGUCACAGUUUGUUAGGAAAGCGGGUGGUGGGUAGCAUACAAGUUUGUACAGAAGUGUGACACAGAGUUGGAAGUACCCCUCUAGGAGAAGAUGAUGUGUGUAUCUGUUGAUGAAAAAAGGGGGUGGGGGUGAUAAUUUGUUUAAAAACUUCAAUUGGAAAUUGAACAUAAAAAAAAUAUUAGUUGAAAAAGAAAGUUUUGUUUUAAUAUCCAUGAUUGACUUCUUGCCUUUCCCUGAUUACAAAGAUAAGUUCAACACAUGUUUAAGACUGUGAACAAAUUGUAUGCACCUAACAUGUAAUUCUUUAACUUGAUCUAUUUCAGGCAACUAUAAUACUGUAGGAAACAAGUCUAGACCAAUAAUACUGUAAUACACAAGUCUAGACCAAUAAUACUGUAAGACACAAGUCUAGACCAAUAAUACUGUAAGACACAAGUCUAGACCAAUAAUACUGUAAGACACAAAUCUAAGUCUGAACCAAUAAUACUGUAAGACACAAGUCUAAGUCUGGACCAAUAAUACUGUAUGACACAAAUCUAGACCAAUAAUACUGUAAGACACAAGUCUAGACCAAUAAUACUGUAAGACACAAGUCUAGACCAAUAAUACUGUAAGACACAAGUCUAGACCAAUAAUACUGUAAGACACAAGUCAAAGUCUGGACCAAUAAUACUGUAUGACACAAAUCUAAGUCUGGACCAAUAAUACUGUAAGACACAAGUCAAAGUCUGGACCAAUAAUACUGUAAUACACAAGUCAAAGUCUGGACCAAUAAUACUGUAAGACACAAGUCUAGACCAAUAAUACUGUAAGACACAAGUCUAGACCAAUAAUACUGUAAGACACAAGUCAAAGUCUGGACCAAUAAUACUGUAUGACACAAAUCUAAGUCUGGACCAAUAAUACUGUAAGACACAAGUCAAAGUCUGGACCAAUAAUACUGUAAUACACAAGUCAAAGUCUGGACCAAUAAUACUGUAUGACACAAGUCUAGACUCACACUGACAAAACUCACAUAAUCUACCCAUCAUAAUUUUUUUCAGAGGUGGAGAAAAAUGGAGCCUGGAGGUUUGGUGACUACAGAAAUUGUGAUACGCCACUGUGGACACUGAAGGACAUGCUGUCAACGCUGGCAGCCGAGAACAAUACGGUCAGUACCUUUGUACAAGCAAACUUCAAUAUGUUAUGAUUAUCUCUACAUACUGCAAACCUCAAAUUCAUUUAAAAGGUGUAUAACCUAAGUCUUGAUUUGUUCCAGUUUGACUACAUCAUAUGGACAGGGGACCUGCCUCCUCACAACAUAUGGAACCAGUCCAGAAAUGACCAGCUGACUGUGCUCAAGACACUUGUCGAACUCUUCCUAGAAUAUUUUCCCAACAAGCCGGUGUAUCCCAGCCUGGGGAAUCAUGAAAGCUCUCCUGUCAACAGGUCAUUUUUGUAUUUCUGCUAGACAGUAAUGGAUAUCUACAAUAGUUCCUUCUAGACUCUACAGGAAAUCUACAAUAGUUCCUUCUAGACUCUACAGGAAAUCUACAAUAGUUCCUUCUAGACACUACAGGAAAUAUACAAUAGUUUUUGCCAGACAAUAAAGUAAAUCUACAAUAUUUUCUGCCAAUGAUAAAUUUGUUUUAGCUGAGCUCACUGCACCUUUUGAUUGAUAAAAAACUAUUGCAUUUUUCCCCACAGCUUUCCACCCCCUUAUGUUCAGAAUAACAACUCCAUUUCUUGGCUGUAUGAGGCUCUGGCUGAUGGCUGGAAGCAAUGGCUGCCAUCUGAUGCCCUGGAUUCUGUACGCAGGUCAGUCAGGUUGAAAGAUGAAAUGUUAUUUCUCUAGGGCAAUUCUGAUUUUUCUUUUUUUGCAUAGUUUUUUGCAAAAAUCCUGCUAAGGAUCAGUCUUAAAUAAACUUACACAUGAUAUUAUGGCGUAUUAUUCUCACAUUAUCUGCAUAAAAUUAUUUAAGGAACCAUACUCUCUAAAACACUCUUGUGUUGUUUUUUUUAUUUAAAAAAAAAUACAUCUUCUUAAAAUGAGAUCACUGAUUUACUAUAAUUUAUUAAAAUAUAUUGCAGGGGAGCCUACUACACAGUUUCUCCAUAUGCUGGAUUUAGAAUUAUCUCCUUGAAUAUGAACUACUGUAACAAUCAAAAUUGGUGAGAUAGCCAGCUAAAGAAAUGUAUGCUUCUGUAAAUAUUUAUUUCUUUAAAGUAAAUGGAAAGAAGGAAGAAUAAAAAAUCAUACAGCAGUCAGUUGAAUGUACUAGCUUUCAGCUGCAGUCCUUAUGUUUUUGAUACAGUCAGGAUGGUUCACAAUUGAACAUAGGCACAACAAAAUAUACUAUGAAAUGAAGAGACCAAAGCCGGGCUAAACGAAAGUAAAAAAAUAUGGAAAUGGUGAAGAAAUAAACUUAAGUCCAAUUAAUCAAUGGACUGUUCUUUUUAUUUGAAAAUGGUCAAAGAACAUUUUUGUUUGACUCCAGUGCAUUACCAUCAUUUUAAAAUCAAUUUUAGGUGUUCUCCCGUGUGUUGAAUUGUUUCAAAAUCCAUUUUUAUUUUCUUUUUAAACCUAAGAUCCACUUCUGAAAUAAACCCCCCAAAAAAAUUAAGUUUAUAAGGAAGAUUAAAUCUAUAAAUAAUAUACAGUCUCCACAUCGAGGUACAGCAUCACAUUUAACAAUCAUAUGAUUGUGGCAAAUAGAUGAAAGUAUUACCCCAGGUUAUCAAGAUAAGACAUAGUCAUGGACAAAGUCAUGUCUGGUUUAGCUGUUCACCAACAUCUCUCACCUUGUCAUUACAAUGUUUUUAUGUCUGAUUUGAUAUAUUCAUAUAUAAUGUCAUAGGCACAGUGGUAGAAACAUUGACACUGCUAAUGUUAAUUUUACAUCAGGUGGAUGUUGCUGAAUGCAUCAGACCCUGCUGGUGAGCUGCAGUGGCUCAUUUCCACCUUACAGUUGGCCGAGGAUAAAGGUGAGAAGGUGCAUAUCAUAGGACACAUCCCUCCUGGAGUCAAGGACUGUCUGAAGACCUGGAGCUGGAACUACUACAGGAUAGUCAGCAGGUGGGUGGGGGUUUACCCUUGGAAAAAAAAAAUCACUCUUUUAAUUUUAAAGUUUCAUGAACUUGUAGCUUAACAUUUCGCAUGAUGCUGCCGAGUUUGUAUGAAAGGACCGUCUGUUCUCUAUUUAUUGUAUGCAGGUGUUGGACAUUCGUUGAUGUCCUUUGUCUUUUUUUUUUUAAAACACCAACAUAGAAAUGAAUGGGUAGAAUUGCAUGAAACUUUGGCCUACAUCAAAAUUUGUCAUCAGAUUAAUUAUUAAAAACUUUAUCUGAAUUAUGUUUUUGUUACCAUUCAUGUGUAUUCCCAUGUGUGGUGGGGAAGAAGAUCUUUCAAAGCAUUCAUGUGUAUUUCCGUGAGGGGAACCAUUCAUGUGUAUUCCCAUGUGUGGUGGGGAAGAAGAUCUUUCAAAGCAUUCAUGUGUAUUUCCGUGAGGGGGGGGGGGGUGGGGGUGGGGGGGGGGUCAUUCAAAGUGGAGGGCAAUCAGUUCCCAUCAUCCCAGUGGUGAAUAGCUCCAUAAUCAAAAGUCACAUGUUCAUUAUGCUACACUACAGAUACCAAAACACUAUCGCUGGACAAUUUUUCGGCCACACCCAUUUUGACAGCUUUUCUGUGUUUUAUGAUGUGGAGACCCUGCAGACACCAGUGGGCGUGGCCUACGUGGCUCCAAGUGUCACACCAUUCUCCAAUCUCAACAUGGGCUACAGAUUCUAUACUGUUGAUGGCUACUACAAAAAUAGCUCAUUUGUAAGUUGGUUUGGUUUUAAAUUGGAUCGGGAGGGGGAAUAUUUUCUAUUAACAAUAUUUGCUGCAACAUUUUUUAAAGCCAUUAUAUUAUAAUUAUUUUAAUUUAAAUAGCAUUUAAAAUUAAUCAUUAUUUCCAUUCGGCGGUUCAAAUUGUCAUGACAAUUGUUUUGUUUUUUUAUAAAAAUGAUCAGAGUUCUAAAAGAAACAAAAAUAGUUCUAAUAAACAUCUAUAUUUUUAAUUAUACCCAGCAAGUCGUAGACCACGAGACGUUUUACCUCAACCUGACCAGAGCGAAUUUGGAGGGAAAGAUCACAUGGGAGCUGGAAUAUUCAGCCAAGGUAACUAUUUCUGGUCAUUUCAUAACAUGAUCUAGUCUGAUGUUUUCUGAUGGAUUCUCAUUAAUCGUUUAAACUCAUCAAAUUGAAAUCAGGUGACAAAUGAAAAAUAGUUUGGGGAAAUCAAAACUUCAAUAGACUGUAACAGAAAAUAGUCCUCACACUUAUAGCAGAGUCCUAUUCAUGGUGGCAUGAAAAGUUCUUUCAGCUUUUUAGGUUUAAUUUUCAUGGUAAACGGACGAGUUCAGUUGGAGAAAAGGAAGCCUAACAAAUUUGUUUGUAUAAAUUUUGUUUUUGUUUAAAUAAGAAAUUUAUCACCAAACGGAAAUAAAGUCAAGAUAGCUCACAUUGCUUGUAUACACCUACUCUCUCUCUCUCCCUCACCCCAGGCGUCCUAUGGCAUGUCAAAUCUCUACCCUGCUGACUGGAAUAAACUGAUAGAGCUAAUGGCAACCAACAACACUGUCUUAGAGACUUACAACAGGUAUUUUUAAGUUAACAAUGAGAAAAGAGAUCUUAGUGUAGCAAUAGUGGGUAGAAACAAGGAGCAGAAAUCUUAGUGUAACAAUAGUGGGUAGAAACAUGGAGCAGAAAUCUUAGUUUAAAAAUAGUGGGUAGAAACAAGAAGCAGAAAUCUUAGUUUAAAAAUAGAGGGUAGAAACAAGAAGCAGAAAUCUUAGUGUAAGUGUAACAAUAGUGGGUAGAAACAAGGAGCAGAAAUCUUAGUUUAAAAAUAGUGGGUAGAAACAAGAAGCAUAAAUCUUAGUUUAAAAAUACUGGGUAGAAACAAGAAGCAGAAAUCUUAGUGUAACAAUAGUGGGUAGAAACAAGGAGCAGAAAUCUUAGUGUAACACUACUGGGUAGAAACAAGGAGCAGAGAACUUUUUAAAAAAAUUUGCCAAGUUGUCAAAAUAUUUUCAAACAUCAAUAUUAUGUGUAAAUCUGCUCUGUGUAUUAAAAAAAAAUAAAUUAUUACAAAUUACUGUUGGGUUUAAGCUGAAAGGGAAAGAAAACUUAACUUUUUAAAAACAAAAACAGGUUUUACACCAAGUCCCGCAACUCUGGAUCCUGUGAUGCCACAUGCAGAGUACUGAGACUUUGUGAGACCAGGAGUGGCAGAUCACAUGACCCAGAUCUCUGCAAGAAAUUGGGCAUCAAAAGUCACCAGGAUUUUACAUUUCUUCAAGCACAACAGCCUAAACACUGCUGAGGUCAAAGUUCUUACAUCAAAAGAGGGAGGGAAGGGGGAGUGUGUGUUUGGUGCUGAGGUCAAAGAUCAUACAUCAAGAGGGAGGAGAGGGGGGAUUGUGGGUUAAAGAUGUUCAUUCCAAGUCAAAGGAUACUCAUCUUGAGUUGAGGUGGAUUCUUUGUGUGGAAGAGUUGAGGUGGAUUACUUGUGUGGAAGAAUUGUGGUGGAUUAUUCGUGUGGAAGAAUUGUGGUGGAUUAUUUGUGUGGAAGAAUUGUGGUGGAUUAUUUGUGUGGGAGAGUUGUUGACUAUGAGGUAAUUUUCAGUGCAAUUAUGUGUUGUUGGUUUUUUUUUUGGGGGGGGGCGGGGGGUUGUAAUAAAAGAUCACUGUUUAGUUAUUUGCUCAUGAUGUAUUUUUAUGCCCCGAGGAGGUGAGAUAUUAUAUCAUUUAUAAUUCAAAUUUUAUUAAAUGCAAUCUUUUCACAUCCUGCCCUUUUUUUUGUGCACUCACGAAUAAAAGAAGCUCAUUUAAAAACUAAUCUCAUUUUAACCUCAAUUUUUUUUUUAAGUUUGAAGGGUAGAUUAUAGACGGUAAUUGGAAACAAUUCUUUUGUAUAAGAGUCCUAUGCUAAUGAUGUAUUAGUCUAACAAUCUCUUACAGCAUUCACAUCUUGUAUUUUUUUAAUCGUCUUGAGAAAGUGCCUUUUUAUACUCUCAUUGCCAAGGAAACGGAGACUUGCACUUUGCAAAUAAUUUUUUUUUUAUUAAAAAAACUUAUUUUAACUGUUACUUUACAAAUAUAAAACUAUAUACAUUCUUCUAGGGAACUGAAUGACUAAUACACUCGUUAUGAAACACACUGAAAUCUCAAUGUUUAUGCAAUGAGAUGUCCUGAUUGCAUAAUUUAUACAUGCAAUUUUUUUCAAUACUCAGAAUGAACAUGUCUUACUUACAGAAUUUUUGCUGAAUUUUCCGAUUUUUUAAGCAUAAGUACAUCCUAAUAAAUAUUUGAAUAAGAUAAAAUGUGAACAUUUUGGCAUAUUUCAAACUCCAAUUUUUUAUAAAGCAUUUAUAAGGGUCACUAGUUACCCAAAAUUUUUUUAUAAAAUGACAUAACACCUUAAAAAAAAAAUAAUAUCAAUGGACUCUGCCAUUAAAAUGGCACCAUCUGAUUAGCUGGUGCAAAGACCAGCUGGAAAAUCUUAAGACUUUGUCCUUUUUACCAUUGGACUUGAGUCUGACAGAUUGACCCAGCCAUCUCAUAGAUCGGCCCAGCUGUCUCAAGAGGGUCAAAUUGAACAGCUGUCUUAUUAACUGUGUGUGCAUUUUUUGUGUUGACCCAAAGAUCUCCAAAAUUAUUCAAGUAAAAUCCACUUUAAAUUUUUAUUAUAGUAUAUAAUGUAAUGUCCACCAGGUGGUUUAAAAUUAUUUUAAAAUAUUCAGUUUUGUUUUUAAGUGAAGUGCCUUGACCUGUUCAUAAAAACAUUAGUUUUUUAUAGUAGCAGCAGGAUGGAAAUAUAAAUGAUCACAAAAGAAAGAAAUUUGAUUUACCCAUACUUUAGUAACUACAGUCAUGUUGUUUGUAUUGAAUUAUAUUAUCUUUAAUUAAACCAUCUUGAAAGCUCA